CUUUUUCCUCUCUUAACAACUUACACCAACAAUGGGCAAAUCAAAAAAGAACGCAUCGUCGGCACGCGCAGUACCUCCUUCCAAACAAAAUCCAGUUGGAUCGUUUGAUCGAUCCUCUUCGCCAUCAAGUGAAGAAUAUGAAAAAGUUGAAAACGUCGAAAACGCCGCGAAUUCAGACGAUAUAAGCAACUGGUCCAAAGUUGGUGGUGGAGCUGAUUCCGGAACAGAUAAUGAGAACAGCAGCAAUAAUAGUCAGCAACCACCAACAUCGUCUACUACCGCUCCUCCCACCACAACAACUGGAUCUAAAAAAGAACAAUCAAUGCUUUCUUCGGAUUCAGAAGCUUAUCAGGCACACGAUGACAACGACAAAAAGCGAACAGUGUCAUCCAAAGAACAGCAGCCAAGUGCCAGUAAGAACGAUAGAGACAAUGAAGAGGACAAGACUUUGAUUUAUGAGCGCAUCACAGAAUUGAGGGAUAGUGCACCGAAAACACGCAAAGAGCUUUAUCAAAGCUCUUAUGCGAUCUUUUCGAAAAUUGAACAACUCGACAACAAAAAGAAAGCAACCUCACUUUCAUAUUCAUACUCUAUCAGUUUAACUCGGAAAUUCAAUAUAGCAAAAUGUGUAAACGAAUACACUAGUCUCCUCUUCCAAUAUUUUGAAUAUUUGAACCAGAAUGGAGGUGACAAGGAUGAAAAGGCAUAUGUUGGCGAUUUGCUGCGGAUAUGGGAUUUAUGCGAACGACUUAACUUUUCUGGAAAUACGGACGAUGCUGUUGUCGCGGAUAUGGUGGAUUGGCUUAGCUUGCAUUGGCCUUCAGAAGAAACAUCUACGCAAGAUCUGCAACGUUUUGGCAGUUUCGACAGUGAUGACGAAGAACUUGUUAUUGUGGAUCACGACGAUAUCAGCAAUGGAGAUGACGAUCAGGAAGAUUCAGAAGAAAAAGUUGCUGUGGACUGGUUACUUAUUCGAAGAAACUUGUUACGAGGCAAUGUUGUGGAAGCCAUCCAGAUGCUCAAAUCUUGUCUCGACACACUUUCUGCGGACAAUCGAGGCUGCUUGAAACGCGUCAUCCAGCUUGCCGAGUCUAUGCCCACCUUACCACAACGACAAAAUGACGCCAGCAGUUUAGCCGCCUGGCAAGCUUGGACGAUAUAUCGAUUGCAAAAAUCAAUCAUUUGCUCAAGAUUCUGUGUGGUGAUGAAAAGGUGAUUAGCAAGGCUGGCACGUUCCUGGAAAGUUUUGUUGGGUACUUGAUCUACUGCGAGCCGUUCCGAACACGCACAGACACAGCUGCUGUUGCCGAACGUCUGUUCCUCCAGUCUUCUUCUCUUUCCACGUCAGACGA